AUGUCGUUACCCCCUCUGAUCAAUGGAUUUGACAGACAAACCUCGGAAAGCGUAGAGUCAACUUUGGCCCAAGCUCUGAACCAGUAUGAGCCGUCGGUGCAAUUGCACAACACAGGGAAUGCUGGCUCCAAGAACAGACAACAACAGCAACAACAGCCCCAAUUUGUUGUAGACAAGUCAAAACAACCGGUGAUGCCGGGGGCUUCUGUCGGGGGCACUCCAUCAUCAUUAAGUCAUCAUAACCAACUGGUCCACGUUAACGUUGGUGAUAGCGGUCCUGGCAGAAGUGGAUCCAAUGUAGAUGAUACCGUUUCCUCUUCUCCUGGUCAUGGGUCGUCUACCAAUGCCGGCGGGGUAGUCAUGAGUCGGGCCUCGAUGCACGAUGAAUCUCAGCAUCCAAGACCGGCAACGACAUCCAACAUUACCAGAGUAAGGCACAACCGUCCUGGGAUGAAAUUUGGAGCAAAGAAGAAAUCAUGGGUCUGGGAUUGGUUUGUCCAGGAUAGUACCGACCCAAAUGUGGCCAUUUGCGACCAAUGUGGAAGAAUAAUACGAAGGUUACCGAGUGAUAAAGGAUCGCCCAAGAAACUUAGUGAGCAUCUAAGGACACACAAGAUUGAUAAAGAUACUGUUAUACCCAACAGAGAUGCUUUGAUGAAUAACUACGCUGCUAACGGCAUUACUACACAGCUCAACGGAAGUAAUAGUUUGACACAAUUAACAUCGUCUUCCAAUAACGGCUCGGGUUAUCCGAAUGUUUCAAAUUCAAUGGUCAGCAAUAAUCAAGUUAACAAUAACAACAACGGUCCUAGGCCCAAUGUGGUUCCAGUUGGCGGUUUGGCUCACGUUCCCCAACAUCUAUUGAGUGAGUUCGAUAUUUCCCCUUACUCUCAAAUGAAGUUCCAUAAAGAUAUCAUGAGAUUUCUGACUGAGCAGAAACUAAGUAUAGAUGUUGUCAAGACUCAUGCAUUUCGUCAAAUCAUAUUCACUCUACGACCUGAUGCAAUUGUCGACUUGAACGAUUUGGAUCAUAUCUAUUCUUCCUUUAUGGAAGUUUUGAAGAAUAAUGCUGCCGCUGAGAAUAAGAAAGAUAGCCGAGUUGACGGACCGGAACAUUCGUGGCUUUGA